AUUAAAAGGCCUUAUUCCCAUAAUUUCUUUUAUGGAUCCGCAUCGCAAAGGCUUUAGUGAACCCUUCGUUGGUGUGUCUAUGAUCAGCCUCUGCUUCAGUCCAGGUCCUCCUUCAGGUUUUUACCUCUGUCAUGUCUGUGAGACCAAAUGCUCUUUAAAGAACAUCUUUGGGCACGUCCAUUCAGAAGAGCAUUGGUUCAACUACUUUGUCUACACAAAUCCAGAUGAUGUGAGUUUCUCCUGGAGACCAGGCAUGGACAUAAGGAGCGUUCUGCGGUCUAAGCUCAAAAGUGAAGUUAAAAAAACUGAGCUUAAUUAUCUGCAGGCACUGCAUUUACCCUUACAGCUACUUAAAAAUCUGAUGGAUUCAACUUACACAGAAGUGAUGCAAGCUUUAGCUGAAAAGGACAAGCUUGUUGAGCAGUUUGAAGCUAUACAAAAGAACAGGACAGAUCUUCAAGAUUACCACAGCAGCAGUAACAGGAAGCAUCCACUUCUUGGACUGCAGCACAUUGUUGAAUGUGUUUGUGCCAAGCCAGGAGAGAAGAGAUAUUACCUCUGCACUUUGUGCUGCCUUGUCUUUGCCAACCACAUGAUCAUCAAACAUGUGCUCAGCCUUGACCACAUUCACUGUUACUUUAAAGCAGUACAUCCCUCGACACUGUUGUCAAAAGAGGCCUACAGGGAUUACAGCUCCUUCGCCCAUAUCAUACAUGAUUUGUCAGAGCAGGCUGAAGAAAUUCAGGCUGCUGAAAAAGUUUCUAUGAAGCAAGUCCUCCUGGAGCCCAGUGACUUCAAGGCAGUGAAUUUCAAGUCCUAUGCAGAAGCUUUGAAGAGCGUGGAAAACAUCACGAAAAGCAGCUUAACGGUUAGCAUUAAGCCAGGGAUCAAGCUUGAGCAUCAACCGAAGAAGCAGGACACUGCUCAAUCAACUCAGAGGGUCAGAUGCUCACUAAGCUGCCAGAACUGCAGUUACAAAUGCACCAAUUUCCACAAGUUUUUUAAACACCUAUCCUGGGAAGAACAUGUGAUGAAUAUGGAGGAACCUAUUGUUGCAGCUGGGAGAAAUGAUGACUAUGAGCAAUCAGGACAAUUUUUUCUGGGCAUUUUUCCAUAUGCCUUGAGCUGUCUGAAGGCAAAUCGGCCUAUUGUCGGAACAUCACUGGUUGUGACGUGCAUUGCGUCACAAACAAAGGCAAAACCAUUUUAUCUAUGCUUUGCUUGUCUGAUGUCCUUUCCUCAGUCUGAACUCGGGGAUCAUUUUGACUCCAAAAAGCACAUCAUAAACACACAGCUGUGUCAGAAUCCCUGGAAGCUGCCUUUUGCGUGGGACGCUAACCUGGAUUACACAGCGCUGAAGGCAACCACAUGGAAGGAGGAGGUGGAACAGAGCAGAGAUACGAUCACUCUGAAGGUUUUUGACGUUCCGCACUCCAUAUUCUUUUCUGUUGACCAUUCCAAUUUCUUGGAAGUAUGGGAAAGACUUGAACCGCACCGAUCCGUCAUCAUUCAAAAUGUUCCCCAAGAUAAAACGUACAGCCAACUUCCACAGCACGAAAGAUUUCCUCUGCUUGGCAAACAGCACCUCGUGACACACAACCUGGUUGUGAGUGAAAACAAGCAGGUGAUGGGAAGUUUGUGUUUGCUCUGUGAAAGGAGGCUCACAGGCAAUGAAAUGGAUGCUCAUAUCUUCAGUCGGGAACAUGUAUCAAAAUUUCUGGAUGCUUUCCAUCCGGGUUCACUGAGUUCCAGCCGUGCCGAUGCAGAGACACUUCUGGACUUGGCAAAACAGGCAGCACGGGUUCAUCCUCAGUCAGAUGUGCAGAAUUUUUACAUGGACGAGCCAAUCAAGGAGCCAUGCGACUACAAAAUAGCAAAAAAGAUCUUGGCAGCAGUAAAGAGGAGACGAAGAGAAGGAAGCCUUGUUCCGCAAAUAAAGUCAAAGUAUAGGCUGGUUUCUAGGAUAAGUCCAAAAAACACCAACAAACAGCAAGAGACAGAUGCCCGGACAAAAAGCCCUGACACUGACGCAAAAGAAAGUGGGGGGAGUGAAGACAAACAUGGCAGUGACAAGGAGACGCCAUCAGGAGAAACAGAGGGUGCUGCAGAAAAGGAAGGAUCCCCAAAAACGAGUCCAAAAGAUUUUAAAAAAGAACCUGAGGCAGAGCUGCCAGCAAAGCUAAAAACAGAGGAACCUGUUGAUGAAAAACCAAAGGAGGAGGCUGCUCAGAGUCAUGAAAAUGCUGAAAAGAAUGAUGAUCCACCCAUUAAACUAGAAAAGAGCUCAAGUAUCAAACAGGAAACAACUCUGCUGAAAGAAAGUCCCCAAAAAAAUGAGAUAAAAAGGUCAAGUACACCCGAAAAAACACUGAAUAAUGCAGGUCAAAAUGGAAGCAUAAUGAGCCCAAAGACGCUGCAGCCAGUCUUCAAACAGGAGUCAUGUUUUGAAGAAAUUACAGAUAAGUCAAAUAUUUGCUCAGCAGUGAAAAACACAGAAACAUCUGAUGGGGAAGUGCCUGAUAAGGACGUUAUGGAGAGAGUUUCAAGAACCUGCAUUGAAUGCCGCUGCAGCAAGCAUGAAGCAAUCUACCUCUGUGGGCACUGUUUGCUUAAGAUUCCAAAGAAGGACAUCAACAAUCACGGAAAGGGAGCCAACCACCCGAAGAUGAGCGUACUGGUGGUUCAUCUGGAGGAAGCAAUGUACAAUCAAAUCUCAAAACAAGUUUUCCUUUCAGCAAGUCUUCGGGAUUUCCUCUACAAAGUGAUCCAGAAAUCGCAGGAACCCAACCUUCUGUUUCAAACCGCUGCCCAAGCACACGUUAAACCAAACAGAGUGUCAAAGAAACCUUCCUGCAAACAAGAGGUCAAGAAGAAGAAACAAGAGGUCAAGAAGAAAGUGAAGUAUCCUGAAUGGUCAGUGAAGGAGCUGGAGAAACAGUUAAUUCAGACCGUUACUCUGUCGGCUGAAGUGGAGAAAAAACUGCCUCAAACUCGGAGCAUUCAGAGACUGGAGGUGAAAAAGGAUGAAUACCAGAAACUGGGAAAUCUUCCUGACAACUUGGGUAAAGAUGAUUUGAUUUGA